AUGGUGAAGGGCCAGAAGGAGAAGCCAAAUGAAUUUCCGAAGAUUGUCACCUGUCCUAACGAGAUGGUGGCCCUCUCCAUGGCGGAUGGCUAUGCACGGUUAACGGGAAAGCCGCAAUGCGUCAUCGUGCAUGUCGACGUUGGUACUCAGGGCCUCGGUGCUGCAAUCCACAAUGCCUCGUGCGGGCGCGCACCCGUUCUGAUCUUCGCUGGCCUCUCCCCGUUCACGAUUGAAGGCGAGAUGCGGGGCUCCCGAACAGAAUACAUCCACUGGAUCCAGGAUGUGCCUGACCAAAAACAGAUCGUAUCGCAGUAUUGCCGCUACAGCGCGGAUAUCCGCUCUGGAAAAAAUAUCAAGCAGAUGGUGCAUCGUGCUUUAAAGUUCGCGACAAGUGACCCACAGGGUCCGGUGUAUCUUGUUGGUGCACGAGAGGUCAUGGAGGAGGAAAUCGAGCCAUAUGCUGUUAGUCCGUACGGGUGGAGAGGUGUUGCGCCGCCGGCGCUCCCUGCUGAGGGGGUGGAGCUUAUUGCGCAGGAACUUGCAUCUGCGAAGGAGCCGUUGGUCAUUGUUGGAUACUCGGGGCGUACUGCGCGGGGAGUGGAGCAGCUUGUCAAGCUUGCAGACACAUACAAAGGCAUUCGGGUGCUAGAUACGGGUGGUAGUGAUAUGUGUUUUCCUGCUGACCAUCCAGCAUCCCUGGGGAUGCGGUUCGGGAUCCACGAAGCCAUCAAGACAGCGGACUUUAUCCUCGUCGCAGACUGUGACGUCCCCUGGAUCCCGACUCAGUGCAGUCCCUCAGACUCGGCAAAGAUCAUCCACGUCGACGUCGACCCGCUCAAGCAGCAGAUGCCCGUCUUCUAUAUCCCGGCCAUGGCAACCUUCCGCGCCGAGUCCGCCACCGCAUUCGAGCAGGUAAACGCAUAUGUCGAGUCUAACACAGAGCUCAAACAAUUCAUCGCCUCCGACGCAAACACUGUCCUCGGCCAAAGCCGCGAGGAAGCAUUCCGCACAACCCGCCAAGCCAUCAACGAGCUGGCAGUCACACCAGCGGGCGGGCCCGACGCAGCCCUUAACGCCUCGUACCUCCUCUCCGAAAUCCGCAAGACCCUACCGCUUGACACAAUCUGGGCCGUAGAAUCCGUAACCCUCACGCCCAUUGUCGCAGACCAAAUCGCAGCUACACUACCCAACAGCUGGAUUAACUGCGGCGGCGGGGGGCUAGGCUGGUCCGGCGGUGCCGCACUAGGUAUAAAGCUAGCAACAGAUGCACAAGCCGGCGGAGGCAACAAGGGCAAAUUUGUGUGCCAGAUUGUCGGCGACGGGACGUAUCUCUUCUCCGUUCCGGGAUCAGUAUACUGGAUUGCAAGGCGGUACAAUAUCCCCGUGUUGACGAUUGUGCUGAACAACAAAGGGUGGAAUGCGCCGAGACGAAGCAUGCUGCUUGUGCACCCAAAUGGGGACGGGUCGAAGGCGACGAAUGAGGAACUGAAUAUCAGCUUUGCGCCCACGCCAGAUUAUGCUGGGAUUGCGAGGGCUGCGUCAGGGGGGCAUAUUUGGGCCGGUGUUGCGGGCAGUGUGGGCGAGUUGGGGAGGUUGUUGCCAGAGGCUGUGGAGAGUGUGAAGAACGGGGUUGGGGCGGUGUUGGAGGCGCAGUUGGAUGGGACUGAGGGAAAGUAUGUUAGGAAGUAG